AUGUCUCAUGGCCACAUUCACCGCGGGGCCGGGUGCCACUGUGCUGCCAAAUGGGGGGAGCCGCCAGAGCAGCGCAGCCCAGCCUACGGCCUGUACCUGCGCAUCAACCUGGAGCGGCUGCAGUGCCUCAAUGAGAGCUGUGAGGGCAGUGGCCUCCUCAUCUUCAAGCUGCGAGAGGAGCGGACAGACGGCUCCAAGUUUGUUGAAAAUGAUGCAGAUGAACAGCUUCUGUUUAAUAUUCCACUUACAGGCAAUGUCAAGCUCAAAGUCAUCAUUAUAAUGGGAGAAGAUGAUGACUCACAGCCCUCUGAGAUGAGACUGUACAAGAACAUUCCACAGAUGUCCUUUGAUGAUAUAGACAGGGAGCUAGAUCAGACCUUUAGUCUGAACCCAGAUCUUACGGGGGAAGAGUAUACUACAGAAAUGUCUUGUUUUCCAAAUGUCUAUCCUUUCUCAAUUCAUAGUUCAAAAAACUUUGGAGCCGAUACCACAAAGGUCUCUUAUAUUGGCCUGAGAGGAGAAUGGACUGAGCUUCGCCGACAUGAGGUGACCAUCUGUGAUUAUGAAGCAUCAGCCAAUCCAGCCAACCACAGAGUCCAUCAGGUUACCCCACAGACACAUUUUAUUUCCUAA